CGCUCUCCCCGGGCAAUCAGUGUACCGCCGGUCGCGUAGCCGCUCGGACCGUCGUUCUAUCGCCGGAUACUCUUCUCCGAUCCUCCGUGGAUCGACCGGCAGUGCCUCGCCCGAGAUCGCGAGAUCGCGAGAUACUCGAUUCCGGCGCGCGCUCUCUCUCUCUCCUCUCGCUUUCGUCUUUCGCUCGCGCGUCCGCCUCCCGCGAAAUCGCGAGCCGCGAUGUUGAUCAUCGAGCCGCUGCGUCGAUGUUGAGAACCGCCGCGACGACGCGAGGCGCCGCGACGAGAUCAUGUUAUGGAGAUCGGCGAGUUGACGUCCCCGUCGUGUCGUCGCUGUGUCGCCGCGCUGUCUCCCCGCACGACGGUGGGUGGAGGAGGGUCGUCAGCCGCGUCGCCGAGCGCCCGGUGUGGUCCACCUAGACACCGUCGCCGCCUCCGCCGCCGUCGCUGAUGCGGCCGAGCGCGGGCCGCUCGCAUCCGGGACCGUCGACGCGAUCCUCUCGCGCGCACCAGCUGGCCGCUCCGCGAUAGGCAGCGUUCCCUCUCGCCGAAGAGAGGGCGGAAAACGCGGAGGCCGCAAGGAGAACCCGCCGCCACGGGGCGGCUCGUUAUCGCCGACCGCGAUCGCGCUCGGUGUCCGUCGCGAGUCCCUUCCGUUGACGGCGAUUUUCGAAUCGCGCGCGAUCGCUCGCGCGAUGUAGCAGCCGUGUGGCGCGCACUUCGCGCGGAGCGCACUUCACGCGUAAUCGGAACCGAUGUCCGCGCGAUCGCCGAGCUUGUUGACGAGCCGGUUGCGAUUACUCGACACGUUUUUAACUGCUAACGACGGCUCGUAGUAGUAAUAUUUUCCGAGCAGGAAAGAGAGAGAAAGAGACAGAGAAAGAGGAAAAAGGAGAAGAGGCAAGAGAGGGAGUUUCGUGCCCUGACAGACGUCGCGGUGAGAUCGCGCGGAGGAAAUAGAGCGAUUACGCGCGGCGAGAUCGAUCGCGGAAACGCGCGCGAUGAAACGCACGACGACGAUGGGGCCGAGCGCGAUGGUGUGACCCUCGGCAGACAUCGGAUAUAAAAAGAAGAGGAAAAACGGCAGGGAAGAGCAGAAGAGAGAGAAAGAGAGAAAGAGGGAGAGGGUUGAGCUCUCUCCGAGUUUUGAGGCUUUUUCGGCAAUUUAGGCGGCAGCCGAGAUCAAAGGUCAUGGCAACGCCGCCGGACUCGCCGGGACCGGAAGAGGCGUUCUUCGACUUCGAGAGCACGCGGGCGAGGCAGCAGACCACCAGGCCGGUGCCCAUAGAGGAACUCCUGCGGCAGACCAAGUUUUCCCGCCAGGAGAUCCGCGUCAUGUACCGCGGCUUCAAGCAGGAGUGUCCCGAGGGAGUGGUGCACGAGGACUCAUUCAAGGACAUCUACGCGAAAUUCUUCCCGCACGGCAACUCCAGUCUCUACGCCCACUACGUGUUCAAAGCCUUCGACGUUAAUUGCAACGGGGCCAUCAGCUUCAGGGACCUCCUCGUCACAUUGUCGACACUGCUGCGGGGCAGCAUCUACGAGAAACUGCGAUGGACCUUCAAGCUGUACGACAUCAACGGCGACGGCUGUAUUACCCGGGGCGAGCUGGGCGAGGUCGUAACAGCGGUCCACGAGCUCAUGGGUAGACGGCAUCAUGCUGAAGAGGAAAGGAAGGCACGCGAGCAGCUGGACAGGGUGUUUAAGAAACUUGAUCUCAACCAGGAUGGCGUUAUCACGAUCGAGGAAUUUAUCGAGAGUUGUUUGAAGGACGACGUGAUUACACGGUCGCUGGCGAUGUUCGACUACGCGCUUUGAUCUCCGGCUAAGGAUGAUCCUCCAGCGGUCACUGCGACUCCUCCGACGCCGCUCUCGACGACAACGUUCUCGCAAUCUCUAUCCCCGUCGCCGCCGCCGCCGUCCUACUCCCUGUUACCGCCUAUUCCGCCGCCCUUGCCCUCCCAACCGCCACCCGAGUACACCGUCCAGGAUCAGGAGCUCUAUCUGCUCCUGGCUGCUCACUGGUGGAACCAACCGGAGGCGCCGCUCUUCUGUUGAAGGUAAAUUGCCGGAUUUCCCGACGUGAUCUCUGAACGACCGAGGCCUUUCGUCACGAACCACCUUCUCCGCGAUAGGCGAUCUCUCGAGGGCUGUCUAUCUCGAGUGCAGCUUUCGUGAAACUCGAGAAUAUUGGAACCCUUCAGCGGAUGAAACAAAACGUGAGAAAUGCGGAGCACGUCAUUUCCUGCUGUUUUAUUUUCAAUAUUAUUUCACAAGGUAACCUAGCGACGUAGAGUAGCAACCGAGGUCUAAAUUUGUGGAAACGGGGAGCAGAUUUCUUCCCAACGUUUCGUUGUCUCUUCGCUCUGUAGAGUGUCGCGCGCGCAAACCGUCGAGGACAGAGAUGCAAGAGGUGUCCUCCUCAUUCUCGCCGAUUGACGGAGUUUGGCGGAGGCUCAGCCAGUUUUAACAACGCAUGGAACAUCGCUAUUGCGAUAUAUUAUCGAGACAAUCUUGGGAAUGCGGCAACGGCUCCACCGACGAAGCCGGACAAUCGCGGAACCGACGAUUGGCUUUGAUCCCUGACAGGAAUCGAGCAGAUUUACGCGAUCCGAUAUACCGACACGCGAAUACUCAAUUCAAAGCCGAACUGCACGAAUUUCGGCGCGACGAUGCGUUGAUUUCUCUCGAAACUAAAUUAUUGACGACGUAGGAUAUCGCCCGUACGUACUUUCGUUAGUGUAGUCUCUGUAGGUCGAUACUUCGUUAUAUCUGUCCCUUUUUGGACCAGAGUUGAGUCAAACAAACCUCGCAGACGUUCCUUAUCCAUUAUUGAUGGAAAUGUCGAUUUUCCGAUGCGAUACUUGAUUUAUCAAUUAAGAACAUUUAAUAACAUUUAAUAAAUUAUAUGUGCUUUCAAUCUGCAUUCGACUUUUACAACGAUUUCUGACGGGACACGUUACCGGAUACCAUGAGUGCGCGUCGUUUCUAUCGACUCGCGCGACUCUUCGAUCUUAUCAAAUCGUGUUUUCCUUUUAUGAUACUUUCUCUCUCGGUUUUGCGAUACUUGUCAUCGGCGGUUGAACACACUGCAUCGUCGAUAUAUACUGACAACAGGUAUUGAUCGCUUGCUGGGCUCCUUCUUAUAAGCGUGUCUAGCGUGUAACGUGUUGUAAGUGUACGUGCGCGAAGCGCAUCGAUUUUCUAAUGUAUCCGUUAUUACGAGUCGUAGGCGUGUGUGAGCGUGCGAGCAUACGUCGGACUGGUGGCGAGUAGCAGCGCCUGGCCUGGCGCGCGAUAUUAUCGAUUAUCAAAAUAUUACAAUGAAACACCAAGCUACCGUAGUUAGCUGCCGUUUAUGCAAAACUGGCGAUAUACUAUAGUGCGAUCUAGCGUUUAGGAUUAAUUUGCGAUCAAAGCGCGGACCGUCUGAUUAAAAAAAAAAAA